UUACUAAAACAAUUUAAUUUAUCGGCCCUCCUCAUCAGCCCAUCCCUCCCUCCCAAGUCUAUCGCUCUCUCGACCCGAGUACUGUACUCCUCCGCCGUCCCUCUCUCCGUCGUCCUUCGCUCCCUCCUUCGUCCCUCUCAAGUACGCCGCAGUUGAAUCACAAGGAGUCGACCUCGUUGUUUCUUCAAUCAACCUCCCAAACUCCUUCAGAUAGCUUCUGCCCUGGAAGCUUCACCAGCGUUCACACCCGACGGUGGUUUAGAUCUGCUUCAUGAAUUUGAUUGAUGUUUCGAAGAAAUCAUAUCAUGUAUACAUAGCUUCGUGGUAGAGCAGGCAGGCAAGGAGAUCCAGGAUCAACAAGAUUCAUGAUUAGAAGUUUAAUUUUGACACUGAGUGGGCUGUUAAGCUGAUAUCAAGAAUCACAAAUCACGAGGAUAUACCAAUUGAAGGAGAUACCAUAGUUAAACAGGUUAUUACAGGCUAAUACAUUUCCUCUUUUCUUUAUACAUGAACCACUAUACUGACUUCGUCUAACUUCUCUGUCAUUGAUGAAGCUUCUGUCUUUGCAAAUAAACGCGGAGAAGUAUUUCUUUAACAUCAGGAAGAGCCUGGUUGAGUUUGAUGAAGUCUUAGAGGUCCAAAGGAAGCAUGUCUAUAACCUUAGGCAAUUGUUUCUGGCUGGUGAUACUGAAAGUUGCUCACAGCACAUAUUCCAGUACAUGCAAGCUGUGGUAGACGAAAUAAUACUAGGUACAGUUGAUCCUCACAAGCACUCCUGUGACUGGAAAUUGAGAAAGAUCUUGAAGGAGUUUGCCAAUGUGGGGGGAAAGCUGUUGAAUGAUUCAUUUGCAGGUAUAACAGAGGUUGUCCUAUUGGAGUCCCUCUCUCAAUUAGACACAUCAUCUCCUGUGGAUUUCAAUGGCCUUUUGCCUUUAGAUUUGCCAAGACCUCCUAAUGCCUUAAGAGGAAUUCGAAAGAAGACUUCCUCCUUCAAGCGAUGGCCUACCAUAUGUGCAGGUGACUCAAUAACGUGAGUACAACCACAAGGGGUGUUGUAUGAUAUUAGUAUAUCGCUUUUUUUCUUUUAGUCUGAGUUUGAUAUCUUGUUCUGACACGGUGAAGCAAAGAUGGGAGAUAUCGAGUGAUCAUCAAUUUCUUGCUGUAUUACCUUGGAGAUUUGUACUAUAUCUUGUAUUUAUGAACAAAAAUAUUAGAAAUGAAACUUUUAUCUACAUGUAAAUGAUUGUCCAUCAAUUUAGGAUAAAAAAAGCCAAAAAAAAAUAUAU